AAAGAAAAAAAAAAUCACGAAAAUGGCGAACGAUGAUUGAUGUGCCAAUCAUCUCCUUCUCCACAUCAAUGAUUGAUCUUUGUUUUCUUCUCCUUUUAGAACACCGUUCACGUUGAAUCCAUCGAAAAGCCUGCUCACAUAGAAUAGGUCAAUUCAUGACUGACUUGGGGGCGUCAGUGUCUAUAUACCAGUGAAUGAACGUGAUACAAGUACAAAGAAUAAUCCUCAAUUGGAGAGUCAAUCCAUGGAACACUUUCGGUUUAAUACCUUAACAACUGAAGGGAAAGGAAAAAAUGGAGCCUGAGUCGACGACACCUCCUGAAACCAAGGAUUUCAUGAGGAUCGAUCCUCCUGAAACUGAAAAGCAGGGAAGCAGCAAAUGGCCACAGGAGAAACCAAACUCCGACGAUGAUGGACGUGAUCAUGGUGAUAUAAAGACUGAACUGAAGUUGACCAAUGAAGCUUCUCACGGCGUUUAUCCGUACAGCACAAACAUGGCCGCCAAAGCUCCAACCAAGAAAAUCACUAAGGCGAAAACAGAUGCCGAAAGACCAGGGAGCAGCAGGCAGCCCUUGCUGCCGCCACAGUUUGGAUGCAAUGGACCUCGGCAUGCUACUCUUCUUGAACGAGAGCUGUUCCCCCAAAUGAGGAAUACACAGACCUCAGACUGCAACUCGGCAACGUCGCAGCUCACCAUAUUCUAUGCUGGCACCGUCAAUGUCUACAAUGAUGUCCCUGUUGAUAAGGCCCAGGCGAUUAUGCUUCUAGCUGGUGAAAGCUCUUUGACGAAGCCUGUGGUGGCAAAAUCUGCAGAUAUAAUCAGGAAGAUUCCACUUCAUCCGCAGCAGAUUGGUUUGCCUUCCAUCUGCAAGCUGCAAGGAGACAUUCCAAUGGCAAGAAAGAAUUCGCUCUGCCUCUUUCUUCAAAAGCGUCAUGAUCGGAUUACAAACAAAAACCCCAACUGUUCAUCUGGUAGGAGACACCAAGAAAUGGAGCCAAGAGAAGAAGAGGGCUCGAGUGCUUCGAGGAACAAUCGUCAUUGCUCUCCUCUGUCGCCCUUCCCUUCGCGAUCGGGAUUCCUCUGUUCUGUAUCAGCUACUAAGAAAUGACAUCAAGUCCAACCGCCAUCUGUCUCCAAGUCACAAUUUGACUCUUGCUAUCCACCCAAUAAUCUUCACAGACACUUCUUGUUUGUUCUUAGCGAGUCUCAUCGUUUAUAACUAGCAACGGCAUCUCCUGUGAA